GGGCACCGACUGCGCCGCCGGGAGGAACUUUUCCCUCCCGAUAUCCCGUCGUUACUUCCAGACCCCGUUACCGGCUCCCUCGGCGGCUCCUUCCCCCUCGCCCUGAGCGGAAAAAUCACAAACCUGUUGAACCGCGGCUGAUGUUCUGCCUCAAAAUCACAUUUGGUGGCCCUUGGCCUGUCCCCAAAACCUUGGCGCUGAGCGGCAGGAACUUCUCCAGCGCUUUGGCUGCUGCAAAAAGGCUCUUUGUACCUCCAGAUACCUGGCAGGAGCUUUUUGAACGGGUCCCCCCUCCUCCCCGGGGCAAAAACACCCAGUGGGAGCCCCAGGCCGCCAGAAAUAAACCCACUGAUGAGAGAGGGAUGUAAAACCACGAGGAGCCGCAGCCAGGGCGGAACGUCGCCUUCCCGCCUUGCUAUUUAUUUAUAUUUUUCUAUUUCGGGGCGAAAAGCCUUCCCUCUGUAAUUACGGGUGCGCUCGCCGCGCGUUUAAACUGCCAUUUAACAGAUAAAAGCCUCUUUUCGAGCCGCUCACAUCUCAGACGCCACCGGGAAGCAGGAGCUUCGUUUUCCUCGCCCCAACCAUGUCGCUGUCACACGCGGCCGCCGAGUACAUGUUAUCGGAUGCUCUUCUGCCGGAGAACGGCGGGUCCCGCGCCGAACGGCUGCGCCUGGAGCUGCCCAGCGACCGCCUGCUCAAGUUCGUCACCGUGGGGCUGCCGCUGCUCCUCGUCUCGCUGGCGUUCGCCCGCGAAUUCUCCGCCGGCUCGCAGAUCAGCUGCUUCUCCCCCAGCAACUUGACGGCGCAGCAGUCGGGCUACGUGGACGCGGCGUGUUGGGACUCGCUCCUGCACCACGGCCGCGGCGGCACCAAAUCCCUCUGGGCGCUCAAGGUGUUCCCGUACUCACUGCUGGCGCUGGCGGGGCUGAUGUUCCUCCCGGCGCUGCUCUGGCGCUCCGCCGCCGCCCCCGCGCUCCGCUCCGACCUGCUCUUCGUCGCCGACGAGCUGGACAAGUCCUACAACCGCUCCGUGCGCCUGGUGCAGCACAUGCGCAAGGUCCAGCAGGCCAGCGCCGAGCCCGAGCGCUUCUGGGAGGAAUACGAGAGGGCUCGGCGGGAGAGGUAUUUCGAGUUCCCGCUGCUGGAGCGCUACCUGACCUGCAAGCAGCGCGCGCACUCCUUGGUUUUCAUCUACAUCCUGCGCAACGUCCUCCUGCUCUUCCUUUUGGUGGCCGCCUGCCUCUACCUCACCUUCCUCCACCUCACCGGUGCCUUCCAGCACGAAUUCAGCUGCUCGGUGACAACCGGGGAGCCCCAAAUUCCCCCGCUCAUCCCCUGCAAGCUGCUUUUCUCCUCGAUCUUCCAGCUCCUCAGCAUUGCGCUCGGCGGCGUCUACGUUGUGCUGGUCCCUGUCGUCGCGUACAACGCGCUGCAGCUUUGCCGCUGGGACAAGGGGCUCCUUGCCGUCUACGAGAUGCUCCCGGCCUUCGACAUCCUCAGCCGCAAGAUGCUCGGCUGCCCCCUCAAUGAUCUCAACCUCCUUCUCCUCUUCCUCCGCGCCAACGUCGCCUGUCUCGCCUCCUUCGGCCGCCUCAGCGCCGUCGGCACCUUGAAAGAAGCCGCUGCCACCGACCAGGGCGACAUCGACACUGUUGUGGACUUCAUGACGCUGCUGGCCGGGCUGGAGGCCACCAAGCCCAAACACCAACCUUGUGCCAACGGGGUGGAUGCAUUGGGAAAAGCCUCCCGGGACUCGCAGGGCUCCGCCUGAGCCCAGGAGAUCUGCUGGGAUCCUGUUGGAUCCGAUUCCUUCUCGCCGGCGUCGCUCGAGUGCGUUAAGCUCCACUUUGGAUACAACCUGGUGGGGUGACAGCCAGAAUGCAACAGCCGGGCUGAGCCCCCUGUCCCUUCCUGGUUUGGGGGUUCCCCUUCUUACUCUGAGCUCGGCCCAGUUCCCCAGGGCUCCCCAGUCUGCCCCCAGCCUUGUCUCAGCUCCCCAGGGAUCCUCAGGGAUCCCAAGGGCUCCCCAAAUCACCCCAAGACUCCCCAGUUCUCCCAUCAUCGCCCCUGGGUUCCCCAAUCCCUCCCCAGCCUCAUAUCAGCUCCCCAGGGCUCCCCAGGACUUGCCUCGUCUCCCUUGGGCUCCCCAGUCCUCCCCAAGUCUCUCCAUGGCUCCUCAGGUAUCCCCAGUCCUUCCCAGGGCUCCCCAAAUCACCCCAGUCCUCCCCUGGGCUCCCCAAGGGUUCCAAGGACUUGCCUGGGUGUCCCUGGGGCUCCCCAAGUCUCCUGGGGCUCCCCAGGGGUCACCUGCGUUCCCCAGGACUCCCCAGUCUUGUCUCAGCUCCUCAGUUCUCAAGUCUCCCCGGGACUCCACAGUUCUCCCCAUGUCUCUCCAGGGCUCCUUAGGGAUCCCUGGUCCUUCCCAGGACUCCCCAAAUCACCCCAGUUCCUCCCCAGCUCCCCAGGGUUCCCCUCAGCUUUUUCAGGGUACCUAGGACUUGCCUUGGCUCCCAGGGAUCCCCAAGUCUCCCUGAGGCUCCCCAAUUCCUCCCCAGCCUUGUCUCAGCUCUCCAGUUCUCCCCAAGACUCUUCUUGGUUCCCCCAGGGCUCCCCUAUUGAUCCCAGGGCUCCCCAGUUCUCCCCAGUCCCUCCCCAGCCUCACCUCAUCCCCCUUGGGCAUCCCAGGGCUCUCUUAGUCUCUCCUUAGCUCCCCAAAUCUCCCCAGUUCUCCUCAGCUCCCCAGGGUUCCCCUCAGCUUUCUGGGGCUCCCCUUGGGCAUCCCAGGGCUCCCCAAAUCUCCCCAGGCCUCCCCUCAUCCACCCAGGGCUCCCCAAUUCUUCCCCAACCUUGUCUCAGCUCCCCAGUUCUCCCCAAGUCUCCCCAGUUCUCCCCAGGGCUCCCCAGUUCUCCCCAGCCUCACUUCACCCCCUUGGGAUCUUCAAGUCUCCCCAGGACUCCCUAAAUCUCCCUGGUUCUUCCCAGGGCUCCCCAAGUCUCUCCUUGGCUCCCAAAGUCUCCCCAGUGCCCCCCAGUUCUCCCCAGUCCCUCCCCAGCCUCACCUCACCCCCUUGGGCAUCCCAGGGCUCCCCAAGUCUCUCCUUGGCUCCCCAAAUCUCCCCAAUUUGGGAGGGCUCACCAGGGUUCCCCUCAGCUUUCUGGGGGUCCCUAGGACUUGCGUUGGCUCCCCAGGGAUCCCCAACUCUCCCCAGGGCUCCCCAAUUCUUCCCCAACCUUGUCUCAGCUCCCCAGUUCUCCCCAAGUCUCUCCUUGGCUCCACAAGUCUCCCCAGUUCUCCCCAGGGCUCCCCUUUCGUUCCCAAUUCUCCCCAGUGCUCCCCAGGACUCCCUAAAUCUCCCUGGUUCUCCCCAGGGCUCCCCAAGUCUCUCCUUGGCUCCCAAAGUCUCCCCAGUGCCCCCCAGUUCUCCCCAGUCCCUCCCCAGCCUCACUUCACCCCCUUGGGUUCUCCAGGGCUCCCCAAGUCUCUCCUUGGCUCCCCAAAUCUCCCCAGUUUGGGAGGGCUCACCAGGGUUCCCUUCAGCUUUCUGGGGGUCCCCUUGGGCAUCCCAGGGCUCCCCAGGGAUCCCCAAGUCUCUCCUUGGCUCCCUAAAUCUCCCCAAUUCUCCCCAGGGCUCCCUAAAUCUCCCCGGUUCUCCCCAGGGCUCCCCAAGUCUCUCCUUGGCUCCCCAAAUCUCCCCAGUUUGGGAGGGGUCCCCAGGGUUCCCUUCAGCUUUCUGGGGGUCCCCUUGGGCAUCCCAGGGCUCCCCAAGUCUCCGCAGUGCUCCCCAGUGCAGAUUUUAACAUCUGCACCAUCCGAGGGUCCUUGGGCAUGAAUUUUGGGUAUGAAACAAGAAAAACCCUGCAGAAAAACGUGUGUCGGAGCAGCCGCCGCUGGUUGGAACUGGGAGGAACUGGGUGCGCGUGACGCCGCGGCGGCUCCGGCUAAUUUUAGAGGCGUGAAAAAGCUUUUCCACCGCGGAUUUGCUGGAUCCUGCAGCUCUUCCCGCGUCCCCGCUCGCUCACACGUCGCCUCCAGGCUCCCCGGCUUGUGGAGGAGCCAAAAAGCAGCAGUUUUACCCCAAAAUAUAAGCGCCGAGCAGCCCCCAAAGCCCCCAGGCAGGGAGUGAAGCAACUCCCUUGCAAAUCCACAUUAUUCAAGAUUCUGCUUUAAUUUACAGCGUCCUCCGGUUCUGCUCGAGCAAACGGAGCACGGAGCUGAGGGAGCGGUGAGAUUUAAGGGAAAUCAUGGAAUUUCGGUACAAAUUUUGAUUAAAAUUAGUCUAAUAACAUCA